AAUCAUUCUGUUCUCUGUCAGGUGGAGGUGCCUCAAAUCACUCAGCGCCAACAGACCUUGAUGAUCUUCUGAGAUCCAAUUCCAGCUUUGAGGAAAAUGGAAGUGCCUCAAAUUACUCAGCACCACCAUACCUUCUGGAUGAUCAUCUGAGGUCCAAUUCCAGCUUUGAGCAAAGUAACUGCACUGAUCGGGACUUUUAUAAGAACUUGAAGUUGAACAAAUCUACCAUGAUUCGGCCUGGUAGAUAUGGAUCACCCACAGAGGUAGAACUGGAUGUUCUAAUCUAUGCCAUUAUUGAUGUGAACGAGAAGGACCAGAAAUUUAUUUCCUGCCUUUGGAUUGAUAUGGUGUGGAAAGAUGAAUUCCUUUCUUGGGAUACUUCGAAGUCCUGUGGUAUUCAGGACAUUCUUCUUCCUACUAAAGAAGUGUGGACACCAGAUCUUACAAUUGAAGAGAUGACAGAGAAGGACAAGGCCAUGCCGAGUCCUUAUGUAUUUAUUACAUCUGGCGGUCGAGUCAUAUUUAGGAUCACAAUGGUGGUGACCAGCACCUGCAAGAUGGAAGUUUACAAAUUUCCUUUUGAUUUUCAGAGCUGCAACUUGUCUUUCAAAUCUGUCAUACACCCUGACACAUUUAUACAACUUAAAGAGAUGGUUAACGUCAGUUGGACCAAAAUGUGGACUAAGAAAAUAAUGCGGACCCAGUCGGAGUGGCUGUUUGUCGACAUAAAAACCAACAAUAAAACUGUCAACAAUUUUGGCUUCAACCAAAGCAUGUUGGUUUACACUAUCACCAUGAAGAGGCGGUCUGUCCUCUAUGUCGCCAACUUCUUGCUGCCGGUCCUGUUCUUCUUCUGUCUGGACUUGGCCUCCUUCCUGAUCUCAGAGACUGGGGGAGAGAAGCUCAGCUUCAAGGUCACUGUGCUGCUCGCUGUAACUGUGAUGCAGCUUAUUCUCAAUGAGAUUCUGCCCUCCUCUUCAGACAGCGUUCCACUUGUUGCUAUCUACUGCAUUGGGAUGUUUGGUUUGAUGAUGAUCAGCCUCUUUGAGACUAUUUUGGUGAUGUAUCUGAUGGGGAAAGACAACGAGGCAGAUGAAGACCAAAGACCAAAGAGUGAGGAUUGUGAAGAUAAACGGAGCAAAGUCAGCUGCUGCUGUAAAGAGGUGAAGAAAUGGACCCACUGUGCUCAUGUCUGUGAUGUGUCUGUUGACGAACCUCCAUCUGAACUGCUGUCAGCAACCAAAGAGGGCAGCAGCAGAGAACUGACGGAGGAGUCCGUUGCCUUGGAGAAGCUCUCAGGUGAGCUGAAGGAGGUGAUUCAGCUCCUUAACAGCAGGGAGGAAGCAGGAAAGCUUGGCUACUGGACCAGAGUGGCUAAAACAAUCAACAAAGUUUUCUUCAUUUCCUAUGUCACAGUAGCUGUUGUGUUCUUAGUUGUUAUCUUUUCAUUAUGGAACAAUGAAGCACAUAAGUAG